UGACAUUUUCUUCUAUUAAUACCGCCAGCUUUAACUGGGGUCAACAAUAUCUUGUGACUAGCUGUGCAGUCUCUCAGAAAGGACAUUAGCUUGUUUAAUCGUUUUAUCCGGUUUCUUAUGUAUAGAAAGAUCAGAGGCACAUAGUAAGCAAAAACUGAACUGAAUAGUGGAUCAUUUUAAACAGAUAAUCAUUUUAAAAUGUAGGCAGCUUUCUUUGGACAAAAGCUGAUAGAAGACCUUUUUUUCAGGCUUUGAGGUAAGUCGUUAUAUAUUGUGGAAGGCAGAUGUAUCACUCAGUGCCAUGUCUCAGAACACAUUUGCCUUCACGUCAGCCACACUGCGCUCUCUGCGGCUUGAACAGGAGCUGCAGGACUGGGAGGAAACACGAAGGGCACUAGCACACAGGAGGGUAAUGAGUAGGCGGCCAAUGCCAGCCGCACCCCGGCUCAGACACGGGACAGAGAGGAUCCAGACAGUACGAGCCCCUCCACCUCAGAUCCACUGCAGAGACCCGGCUGUCCACAACACCUUCAUGUAUGGAGACAUGAGGAGUGUGUACGCUGUACUCAAGGAACCUGGUAUGGUGAAUGCCCUAAUGGAGAUCGUCCAUGAGGAGAUGGUGUGGACUCCAGAAAUGGGCAUGUGGACUCUGUCCUCCAAAGUGAAGCAGACAUCUGCCCUGCGCUUGGCUGCCAGCAGGGGUCACUAUGGUUGUGUGGAGGAGCUGUUAUUCCGGGGAGCGGAGGUAGACGCUGACCCUGGGGGUCGAACAGCCCUCCAUGACGCUUGUUCCGGGGGUCACCACGCCUGUGUAAAGCUGCUGCUGGAGCAUGGAGCUGACCCUGAUCUGGUGACAGCAGACGGCAAUGCGCCCCUUCACCUGUGCAGCACUGCUGAGUCCUAUGCCUGUACAGAGCUGCUAGUCAGCAUGGGUGCCGAUGUGAAUGUGGCCCAGCACGACUCGUGUCUCACUCCACUGCACUUGGCAUGUCGGAAGGGCCUGGAAAAACAUGUGGACCUGCUGCUGGCCCACGGAGCCGAUGUGACUGUGCAGAACCGUGAGGGCGAGACGCCGCUGAAUGCUGCGUGCGCCGGAGCUGAGAGGCCAACUGAGGCUGCACGAUACCUGUGUGUGGUGCAGAGACUGCUACAAGCUGGAGCACAUGCACACACAGCUGGCAGGAAGCAGCACACCGCUCUACACAACGCCUGCAGCAACUGCAGCUAUCAAAUUGCUGAUAUGCUUCUGCAGUAUGGAGCUCAGGCAGAUGCAGCCAACUGCACAGGAUACACACCCAUGGACUGCCUGCUGCAGGUGGUAGAGGAUUAUCCAGACCAGCACCCUGAACUAAUCGCUCGUUCACUUCUAAACCACGGAGCAAAGCCUCCUUCUACCAGAAUGCUGAAGUUCUGCCUCCUUUCCCCUGCCACUCUGGAAGUGAUGCUGAACUGCUACCCAGUGGUGCCAGACUGCAAGGACUGGAUACAGGAAGUCCCAAAUGAACUGCUGAAGGAGCACAAGUGUUUCUUUGACUCGGUUCGCCGGAUGUGUGGGCAGCCCCGCACCCUCCAGCACCUCUGUCGAUAUUCCCUGAGACUAGGUAUGGGUGCACGAUGCCACUCUGCCAUCGAUAAGCUAAACAUCCCGUGUGCACUGAAAGAGUACCUGCUGCUGCCGAUUAAAGGAGAGAUCCAGUGAUGAAUGGACAGGAAACAAGAACAUGAACUCGCAUGCAAAUAAUAAAUGCUACGGAACCAUAUAGCCAUGAACUAGGUUGUGUUAAAGCUGUUUGUUGUCUUCACCUAAUCAGGGUGCCAGGCAAAUGACCAUAAACACUUCAAAUGGAAAAUGUCACAAUUUCAUUCAUAUCUUUUUUCACUUUUGCAUUAGUUUUUUUCAUUUACUUGUCAGUAAUACAGUUGUUUUAUUAAUGACAUUGUAUUAUAAUAUUACACCACCCAGAUAUGUAUUUACUUCCUUCUAACUGUCGUUGUCAGUGCAGACAUGUUUAGCUUAUAUUGACCGUUAUGAAAAAACAACAGGACAAAAAUAUUGUUGAUGACUAGACAUAAUCAUUUCAUGACUCUAGACACUUCUUUGUGAACACACUGGCAUAAUACAGUGAAAUAAUAUGUUCUUUAGCCAUAUCAAAACAGUUGUCAUGUGCGUGGGUAAAAUUUACCCGCUGGUGGUUUUAGGUAUACAGCGACCCCUGGCGGUUCUAGUGUUAAGACCACUGUUUCAUGGAUGCAGUACUUCAUUUUGCUAUUAUUUUAGACAAUAACAAACAUUGAAUGUGGAACAUCUGCAAGACAAGCUUAUCCCUUAUCAGUUACAUUAUCAGUUAUGUCUCUUGAAGAUAAUAAGGCAAAAAAUUUUUAGCUUGACAUGUUACUGAGAAAUCAGAAAGCACCAAGUCUUCUGUCCUGAAGACUCUGUCAUGGCGGAAAAACUUACUGAUGAUUCCAAAUCACUGACACUGGAGACUCCUUCCAAAAAUGUUAAAUAAACACCUUAUAGAAAACCUCAAGAACUUUACAUUUUUCUUCAUCAAAUAGCAACAUAUUUUUAGAGCUUGUUUAUUAUACAAAUUUAUUAUACGAGUCCCCGUGAAUGAUCGUUACUAUAGAGAUGAUAAUGUAUUAAUGUAAUGUAUUGAGCGCAUUAAUAUAAAUCUGUGAUCUGAAAUUAAUAAACACCUUCUGGCCAAUCAGAA